GUUACUUCCAUUUUAGCGGGUUUGUACCCUUAGUGUUCAAAGUUGCAAUCAUUUAUUUUCGACAGCCUAUAUGAAUAAUCCUGGAAUAUCGAAUCGGCUCCGUAAAGAAAUGGAGCGAUUCCUGACUGAGCCACCUUCAGGAAUUUCCUGCUGCAUUAGAGACAGCAACAUUUCAACAUUAGAUGCCAAUAUUAUUGGCCCCCCUGGUUCACCAUAUGAAGGUGGAGUAUUUCAUCUGGAAGUUCAACUUCCCAGAGAGUAUCCUUUUCAACCACCGAGAGUUGUUUUUAUAACUCCAAUUUAUCACCCAAACAUUGAUGAAGGUGGUAGAAUAUGUCUGGAUCUCUUAAAACUACCCCCCUCUGGAUCUUGGAGAUGCACUACUACUAUCGCAAAUGUGUUAAUUGCUGUUCAGUGUCUUUUGGCAUCACCCAACCCAUCAGAUCCUCUAAACCCAGAAAUAGCGGCUCUGAUGCAGUCUGAUAUAAAACAGUUUGAGAAAACUGCCAAGGAACAUACAUUAAAAUUUUGUAAAGUUGGAAGUUUGUCGGGUGCAGAAGCUAAUACACAAUCAUCAAAUCAUAUGCCAGAAAAAAUGGACUGUGAUUAAUAAAGGUUCUCCAGUUCAUUCAAAUUCAAAUUCAAAAUUAAAGAUUUUCAGUAUUAUGUCUUCUGUGAUAUU